UUCUACUCGUCGAUUGCCUUGCAACUCUACUCACACGCGCUGUCAAAACAAUGGGAUAUGAAGGUGCAAAUUCUUCCACGUUCCACGGCCAGCUGCAAGUCACUCUGGACCAUCUCGAUGCGCUCGCUAGAGACCAUGUAAGUUUGGAUUUCGAUAAUCUUUCCGAGUCUAAAUUUUUUCCAUUUUUAUUUAAGAAGCACUUCACGGCUAGAUGGUUGACCUUGAUCAAAACAAAGUUGGGCCUCGACAUCAACGAAGCGAUAAUAGCAAAGGUGAUUGUGGCUGCAUUCUGCAUUUGGUUGGCAUUUGCGGAAGAGGGAUGUUUUGCUGUAAAUGUGGUGCUGACUAUUACUCCUCUACUGCUAAGUCUCUUCUAUCCGGAUGAGAGAGCUGCUUCGGAGGAUAUGCUUGCCUAUUGGUCCUGCUAUGCGUUACUCACUCUCUUCGACUUUGCACUUGCCGUAAUCCCAGUUUGGUCGAUUCUAAAGUUGGCAGUGUUCUCGCUCUUCUUCCUUCGUCCUUGGCGCCUUGCCACUCGAAUCCGUGUGUUAAUGCUGCUGCGAGAAGUGCGUAGGGCUCGAACUCUGGAAAAGGGACACUCGCGACAUGCAUCACCUUCUUCAGAGCCCAAGAAGAUGGAUGAAAGCCACUACGUAAACCUGCGACCACAUUCCAAAACGGAACUGACCAAUCCUAGCCAAAGUGUCUACGCUAAUACGGGCAGGCCAAGCGGCAGUACGGCCAGGCGAAGUGGCAGCGUGAAGAGCAAGGCAUAAGCCAAGGAUGGUGAUGGAGUGAUAAGUAUAUAGGAUGACCAAAUAUAUGUAUCGAUAUAAAAUAUUCUUUGUAAAACUCGUAUGUAUUUCUUCCGUA